GCCGCCAUUACAAGAGCGACUCGUUACUGAUAACGGCACAACUUUGUCAGUCUCAUUGUUUUACCAAACAGGUAAUACUUGGCUCUCCUCCAGGAUUUCAUUAAAGAUGCUGCCAAGGCUGCUGGUACUUGUGCCUAACGCCUCCAUCCGUGGAGUUUUGUCUGCUGGCUCAGAGGCUGUAGUUUCAGAUGUAGUCUUCAACACUUCCUCCAUCUUUCCUACCUCCGCCAGUAAUGCUUCCUUUCCAAGUCUCAAAGUGUCUGCAUUUGUGAAGUACCUGACAAGAUGCUGAUCAUAUUCUACACUCUCCUCACUGUUCUGUCAUGUGUCAGUUCUGUUAAAGUACUCACACAAAAACCUUCAGUACUGACAGAACAAAAGGGAAACUCUGUCAUCAUGGACUGUAAUAUUGCAAAAGAUGAAGGCAGAUAUGUCUACUGGUAUAAACAGCUUCCAAAUGCAACUCCUCAGUUUGUGUUGAGAUUCUAUCAUUCACACAGUUCUCCUGACCUGUACGGUGACAGUUUUCCCUCCAACCGCUUCACAUCUAAAACCAAAUCAAAUAUUGACUAUCAGCUGAUAAUCAAUAAUGUUGAGAUUGGAGAUUCGGCAGUGUAUUACUGUGGCACAUGGGACAGCUCUGUUAGUGAGGGGGUAUUCGGACAAGGAACAAAACUGAUGGUGACUGAUUCUGCUGUUCCUCCUCCUGUUGUGAACAUCCUCCCAUCCACUGAAGAUCAGAGCUCCAGUAAAAUCACUCUGGUGUGUCUGAUCAAUGAUAUGGCCAUGGGUUUUGCUGAUGUGCGUUGGCUUGUGAAUGGGAUCUCAGUUACUGAUGGCGUCUUCACUAGCUCUGCUGAACAACAGUCUAAUGAGAAAUUCAAAAUGAGCAGUUAUUUCACCAUUGAGAGAUCAGAGUGGGAGAAAGACAAAGAUCUGACAUGUGAAGUGACUGUCGGCUCAAGAGUCACUACCAGAAACAUCAAGAAAUCUCACUGCAGUGACUGAAAACAAAGAUGAUUUUAUCUUUUCUUGAUUUCUGUGAUAGUAAAUGAGAGUUUCUGACAUGUAGAAUUGUUCAAAUUAUUAAUCUGGAAAUUAUUCAAAAUAGUUUAAGGGUCUUAGUGACUUGAUUUGUGUAAUUUGGCUUUUGUUUUGUUAAAAGAUCUAUGCGCAUUAAUGUGCUUUAUGAAUUAAAAUA